AUGCGCACAUUUACCCUGGCCAUUGCGGCGACUGCUGCAAUCGCCUCUGCCGCCAAUGUUCCGCCAGAGCUUGCUGUUAUUGGGGAGCCUUCGGAGAUCUUGAGCACAGUGUUUGAACCAUCCUCCGGCCAAAUUGUAACUCUGCAUCCUGGCCAGACGAUGAAUGUGACUGAUACCAAAAACGCGCCUGAGCCUCAACUGGCACACAUGGACCACGUCGUCACUGAAGGUGCGAAGUAUGUAUUUAUGAUGGUCGAUCCGGACAUCAACAUCACCAAUCCCACUUACGUUGGGCUUCACACGGGAGUCGCGAAUUUGAGUCUUUCCAACGAACCUCACAACAGCAACUUCGCCAAGUAUAUUGCGCCCAUGCCUAAUGGCAACUUUCCACACAACUACACAUUGCUUCUCUUCAAGCAGCCUGACAGCUUCAGUAUUCCAUCCCACUUCGACCCCUACUUCGUCUUGAAUCUAAACGACGUCUGGAACCGGGUCAAUUUCCCGCUGCAGCAGUUCAUCUCCCAGACCGGCCUGGGCAAGCCCAUAGCUGCGAACUGGUUCCAGGAGGGAGCAGUCAAUGCGACCAGCACUUCAGUUAAGAAUGGUACGUCAUCCGCUACCAACACUAGUGGUACGCCGACAAGCACAGCCAAUGCUGCUGGGCAAAUCGGGCGUCCUAUCGGUUUUUGCCUUGCUUUGAUGAUGGGACUGGGGGCAGCUUGGGCCAGGAUAUACGCAGACUCACCUCAUCAGUUGUUUUUUCCCCCAUAA